AUGUUUUUCAGAAGAUUAUCACUCCUGUACCUAUUACUAGGAGUUUUGCUAUUCACGGUAGUUGUAUUCAACAUCUCCGUUUUAUCCUCCUCAAACAAACCCCGUCCGGUAAAGGGAGCCACAUAUUUCACCAGUGAUAAAACUACAGUCCAAUCUCAUGUCAGUAAUCUAGAUAGUGAAGAAUACGUGAAAUCGUUAAUGCAUGAAUUGGAAACUACCAAGAAAGAAGAAUUAUUGGCCGAAAUUCGUAAGAAGAUCACAAAGGAAGAAAAGCCUCGAGUGAUCCAAGAAUUGAAAACCGAGUUGAGAAUCAAAUACCUUGAAGAUAUUAAAAAACAAAUCAAAGAGGAAGUUACUGAAGAACACACCAAUGCAAUUUAUAAAGAAUCUGCAUUUUCUUAUACACUUUUUGAAAAAUUAGUUGAUGAGUUUAUUGCUGAUCAUAAAGAAAAAUUUGAACCUGCUGCUUUCUUACAAGUAUUGAAAGAUGCCGAAUUAACAGAUGAAUUUAAAGAUAUGGUCACUAAAGCUACCGAGAAAUAUUUCGAUCGUCAAAUCUAUUUCGUUCAUCUCUUGAAGGAUAUUUUAUUGGAUAAUAAGCCUCAAUGUGAACCAUUAACAAAAGAAGAAAGAGGUAGAAAUCUUAACCCAACCUACCAAUGGGAUGCAAGAGUCAUUUCAGAGAAAUAUUUGCGUGGAAGUGAAUUGAAUAUCCCUGGUGAGAAAUUUAGAGCCAUCCGUUAUGCACAUGAUAAAGUAGUUGAAGCUUUAAAGAAUUUGGGUGAUCCACCACUGCAAUUUUUCAAAGGUCAUGGUAUUGUUAUCAAUGGUGGUGGUAAUAUGGUGGCUGGUGCUUUAACUGCUAUUGCAAACUUGAGAGAACGUGGUUCCACAUUACCUGUUGAAUUGGUUCUUGACAAGAAAGAAGAAUAUGAUAAACAAAUUUGUGAAGAAUUAUUACCAAAACAAUUGAACGGUAGAUGUAUUAUUAUUGAAGAAGAAGUGGGUACAGAAAUAUUUGAAUGGAUUAGUGAAAAGUUUUCGAGAAAGAUUUUAGGGUUAUUGGUCAGUACUUUUGAUCAUACCAUUGCCAUGGAUGCUGAUAAUUUGGCAAUUAAAAAUGUCGAUAGUUUAUUAUUCACUGAACCUUAUCUUUCAACCAAGAUGAUCUUGUGGCCGGAUUUAUGGGUCAAAUUAACCAGUCCUUUGUAUUACAAGAUUGCCAGAGUUGAACCUGGUGAAGUUGUUGGAAGAUUUGGUAUCCCUAAUGAUCAUUCGUUUUCUGAAUAUAUUGCCAAAGAUAUGGAACUGGAAGUUCAUUAUCAUGAUUUAGCAAACUUACCAAAUCCAAUAUCAGUAGAAACUGGACAAAUUGUUUUCUCCAAACGUGAACAUUUAAGAAGUUUAUUAUUGGCUUUGUAUUAUAACAUCAAUUCGAAAAACUUGUAUAUGAAUCUUAUCUAUCAAGGUGCUUUUGGUGAAGGUGACAGAGAAACAAUCACUCCAGCUUUACAUGUUAUGAAUGAAAGAUACAGUUUGGAGAAUCAAAAAGUUCAUUUACUUGGUUACACUGCCGAUAAUGGUAAAUUUUCAGAAACCACUUUAGGUCAAACUGAUCCUCGUGAUAAUGUUGAAUUUUAUGCUGAUUGGAAGAAAUUCUUAAAAUCAAGAAAAUUGGAUACUAGACUUAAUCCAUUCCAAUCAGGUACUUAUACAUCCAAAUUAAUGGAACAAUUCAAAGAAUAUAAAAAGAAGACCAUUGAAGAUAAACAAAUUGAGGAUGAAGAUACGGUUCACAGAGUUAUUGAUUAUAAACUUCCUGAAAUUUUAUUCUUACAUUGUAAUCAUCCAAAGAUCAACCCGGUUAAAAAUUAUGAUGAUGGUGAAUUUGGUGUUUAUUCACGUAGAAAUAUGGGACCUGCUGAUAGUGUACGUAAACUUUUCAAAGACAUUGAUUGGGAAUUAAGAUUUCAUACAGUAUCUAAAUGGGUUGCAUGUGAAGGUAUAACAAGUUCUGAUUAUUGGGAAAAAGUUGCUGGUAAAAGUCGUUCAGAUGUUUGUAAAAAAGUUAGUGAUUAUGUUGAGUAUUUGAAGAAAGAUACUUUUGAUCCAGAAGGAACCAAAUUAGAAAUUUUAGGAAAGAAAACAACUGAUAAAAACUCAGAAAUUGAAAAUUCAGAACCAAAAGAAGAACCUAUAGUUGAUUCAAAUCCUGAAGUUCAAGAAGACAAAGCUCAAGAUUUCGAUUAA